UUUUUCAGACCAGGACCUCUAUGAGUCAACUACUAGAAUUUAUCGCUGGAACUGUCUUGUGGGGAGUGGACGAUGUGACUCAAAUGUUGACAGCCCAUGGAUACACAAUGAUGUGGAGGUUGGUCAUGAUUUGAUGGAUUUCAGGGAUCGAGUUAUUCAAAAUGACGGCGGCAUGGUGGAACCCCAUGAAAAACUUGAACUUUGUGUUCCUUAUUGAGGGGGACCACCAGACCAGAGGCCUACAUAUGGAGGUUGAGGAUGAGUCAUGGGCCGCACUUUGUGACGCGACAAGGAACCAAGUGGAGCCUCUCCCAAAACAUACUCUCGAGGAAGUUCAUUGGUGGGCGCACUUUUUAGCACGGGAGAGCCCAGAGUCCUUCAGGACUCAUUUGAGAGCUUUUCCUCCCAAUGACCCUACCCUCCACUCUCUGUUGAACUUGAUGGUCAGCAGUGGUCAUCUCUGGAGCGAUCAAGUAUGCAAUGAGGACACCUACCUCAAAUCACGGCUGGGACCUUUCUUAGAAACGUACUUCGGCAAUAUUACGUUUACAACAAGUGGCUGGACGCAGACACAAUGCAUCUAUCAGCCAUUUGGCAACUACAACCUGCGCUCAACUGCACUUUACAUAAAAUUUGCGAUUUCGUUGAAUAAAACUGCCUUGAAAGCCUAUUGAAGUGCUCUUGAGCAUGAUCUUUAUUUGGAGACUUUGGCAUGAAAUUAAAGCAGCGUUGUUGUGAAGCACUUGACUGCCAAGAUCAUAACAUUAUCGGCCCUGCAGCAAGCGAAGAGAG